AUGCUGAGCGAUAUACCGAGACGCACCAAAGCCGUUUCCAUGGAAACCGGCGGACUACCUCUAGUGUCAACAUUUGCUUUACUCACUAUUGUUGCAGGUCAACUACAAGGGUCAGGAUAUAACGAGCCGGAGCCAGAAUUUCUGUCGCCCUUAGAAAAUCUGACCGUAGCACAAGGAAGAGAUGUUCAUUUCACUUGCACCGUUAAUCAUUUGGGAACUUAUAAGGUGGCCUGGAUAAAAUCGGACACGAAGACGAUUCUGGCGAUCCACACACACAUGGUGACAUUGAACCCGCGACUGUCAGUUACACACAACGGGCACAACACUUGGAAGUUGUACAUCAGCAAUGUGGAGCCCAAAGACUCUGGUACCUACAUGUGUCAGAUUAACACUGAUCCCAUGAUGAGUCAGAUGGGUCAUCUUUCAGUGGUGAUACCGCCAGAGAUAGCCGAUGAAGAUGGAUCGGAAGCAAGUGCUCCUGAAGGUGGGUCGGUGGAACUGCGGUGUACAGCUUCCGGGGUGCCUGAACCUAACAUAUCUUGGAAGCGGACCUUGGGUAGGAACAUUAUCCUGCGUGACAGUAAUGGACAGGAACUGAAAGUGGUGGACAGCUAUGUUGGUUCAACUCUUGUGCUGAAAGGCCUGCGGCGUUCGGACAUGGGCACCUAUCUGUGUAUCGCAGCCAACGGCAUUCCGCCUACAAAGAGCCGCCGCUACGAGGUCACCGUACUCUUUGAACCUAUAGUUCGGGUGGCGAGUCCAGUUGUGCUGAGAUCAACAGACAUGCAAGUUACGCUGCAGUGCUACGUUGAGUCGUCUCCUAAAUCUCUAAAUACAUGGCAGAGAGGAAAAUCACACAACAGUGGGAAACUUUUGAACAGCUCCAAAUACGUUAUAUCCGAAGAGAUAUUGAACGAGUACGCGUUGCGUAUGAACUUGACUAUAACUCGUCUUAAGAAGAAUGACUUCGGCGACUACACGUGCUCGGCUGUCAACGGGUAUGGGAGAGCAGAUGGAGCUAUUAAUUUAAAAGAAACACCACAGAAGACGACCACAACUACGAGCACAACAACCACGACGACCACGACCACGCGACCGUCCACCACCACAGCGUCGACGACCCGCCCCUCCAAGGUCCACGUGAAGAAGCCGCAUGACCGCGCCAACCAGAACGCGCUGGACGCGGAUCCGCGGCAAGUCGAGCUCAAUAACGCCUUCAACUUUUACAACGUCAACGUUUUCAUUCCCAACACGACUAACAAUGAUUACUCUCAACGAACCGAGAGACAGAAGACUCGACCGACCGGCUCUCCGCGACACUACAUCUCCUACAGCAGCGCUAACAAACAAAAACUAACUUCACUCGUAUUAUUCAUUCUACUAAAACACAUCGUAUAG